GUUAAGCAAACUGACUCUCUUUGUUAGUUACUUGUCACGUUCGUUUUACUACUCAAAAUUCACGUCCAUUCGAAAUGUUUAAAAUUCAAAAUUUAAUCAAUCGAUCUCGACAGUUUUUUAACAAAACAAAUGUUCCCGGAUCAAUUCUAAGAAAUACACCAAAAUUAUCGACUCGUCUGCAAUACUUUUCCAAUUUUUUUGUUGUCUUACCAACAACAUGCCUGUUCGGUAUCAAUUUACUCAAAUGGAAUCGAGCGAAUAUCGACACUAUCGAUUCGGUGAUACCGAUUGUACUACAAACCAGUGGAGCCGAAGCGAAAAAGGAAAAUGUAAGCGAACUUAUAGCACUUAUUACUACGAAAAUGAGAGAAGGAAAUCUCGAGGAAGCAAAGUCAUGCAUUGAUGAAGCGAUCUGCAUCUCAGAGCAAAAUAAUUUUGUCGAAUUUCUACCUCAAUUGUACCAUUUCUUGGUACUCGCUACUAUACGAGAAGGGAAGAACUUGCUAGCUGAAGAAAUUCUUGUUCGAUCCAUUGAGAAGCUAACAGAGUUAGGUUACAAGGAGACAAGCAACGAAAUUGUUCGACUCCAAUUGAUACUGGCUCGAUUGUAUCAACUGAGAGGUGACUCAGCCAUGGCUGGAUUAGGUUUUGUGAAUUGUAUCACUAUACAGGAGUCUAAGUUCAAUGCUGAUGGAGUCACUGAUGACGUCACAACGGGACUGUAUUUGAGCUUACUGUUUUGGUAUGGACUAUUUUUAAAUGACAAAGGUGAACUGUUCGACUCAAAAAGGUACAUGGAAAAAGCUUUGACGCUCAGCAGAUCGAUGCCGAAUAAUUCAGAGCGCACAAUUUUUAUACUUCACAAUUUGGCCGAACUGUCCUUCAGAUUAACGGAGUUCGAUGAAGCCAUCAAAUAUUUAGUCGAAGGGAUCCGCUUGUGUUUGCUGCACCUAUCACUUGAUGCUGCACUGCCGGUAUUUAUGGUCAAACUUGGACUGAUGUAUUUGAUCAAAGGGAUGGAUGAAAAGGCCGAAUAUUGGUGUUCCAUUGCUUAUGCAUUCGCUAAAUCGAGUUACAAUGCUUGCGCUGAAGAUGAGGCUUCGUUGUGCUUGAAUUAUUUGAAAAAUAGAAAGUCUAAAAAUAAACGAGUGUAACUUAUCUAAUGCAGGCUUAAAGCUUAAGUUACGGAGACAACGUGAAAUAAACUUGAAACAUUUGGUGACGCAAAUUUUGCUUUUUUUAUAAGG